UUCUCAAGCUCCCUGGGCCCUUUAAAAUCAGGCUGAGCAGGGAGGGAGCUGCUGUGUUUUACAGGUGUGUGUGGAUUUUUGUUGGAGUCAACAGCACAGCAAGGAGGGUUGCAUGAAGUGUUGAAGAUGGCAAAAGGCGAUAAUGGUGUGCGCUGUUUUCAAGGUCUGCUAGUUCUAGGCAAUGUGAUUAUUGGGUUGUGUGGCAUUGCACUGACAGCAGAGUGCAUCUUCUUUGUGUCAGAUCAGCAGACUCUGUACCCUCUGUUGGAAGCCACAAACAAUGAUGACAUCUAUGGCGCCGCCUGGAUUGGCAUAUUUGUUGGCUUUGCUCUCUUCAAUCUGGCUGUUCUUGGUAUCGUUGGAGUCAUUAAGUCAAAUAGGGCAAUGCUACUGGCGUAUAUCAUCCUGAUGUUGAUCACAUAUGCCUUUGAGACUGCCUCUUGCAUCACAGCAGCAACUCAUCGAGACUUUUUCACUCGCAAUCUCUUCCUGAAGCAAAUGCUGGAGAAGUAUCAGAACCCAGAGCCACUCAACAAUGAUGACAAGUGGAUGAGUGAAGGAGUCACGAGGACAUGGGACCACCUUAUGCUUCAGCAUGAGUGCUGUGGUGUGAAUGGCCCAUCAGACUGGCAGAACUACAUGUCCAAGUUCAGAAGCAUUAACAGUGAUUCAGAAUUCCCUUGGCCACGCCAGUGUUGUGUCAUGGAUGUCCAAGGAAUCCCUGUCAAUUUGGAUGGCUGCAAACUAGGAGUCUCUGGCUACUACAAUGAUAAGGGUUGUUAUGAGCUUAUCGCCGGACCAAUGGACAGACAUGCCUGGGGUGUAGCUUGGUUUGGCUUUGCCAUUCUCUGCUGGACUUUCUGGGUUCUUCUCUGUACCAUGUUCUACUGGAGCAGAAUUGAAUAUUGAAGGCACAGCAUCUUCCAACAAACUUCCAAAAGUAGUGCAUG